AUGUAUGCGGAAAUUGGGCUCGCUGGAUCGAGCCUGGACCUCGGGUUUCUCGACCAAAUUCUGCUUGGAGCCGGUCGCGCAACACCAGGCCCCAACAGUCUUUUCGAGCCUAUAAUACACACCGAGACCGGUCAAUACCCGUCCCCAGAGUCUCUGCCAGAGGCUGUUGGUUCGAGAGUUCCGAUGGAACAGAAGCAGCUCACGCCAAGUUUGUGGGUUCCCAUGGCCCCAGCUCAGAACAUCCGCUCGCUGUUGCAGCGUCCGAGACUGAAUGUGGGAGCCCAGAGGUCCGCGAAUCUGAUUUUACACACCCUGAGGUCUUACCCCCAGAUGAUGCUACGCGACAGCAUCCUUCCCCCCUUCAUUCAUCCCCACCUGAUCCGUCUAGAUGCCAAGAGCGAGGACAUGGAGCCGUUGACCAACUGCAUUAGCCUCGUGCAUAUGACCAGCGGACCGGUGAGGGGCAAUCGCAAGUUAUUUUGGAAGAACGUUCAUUGGGAAUGUGAGCGACUGCAUGCGGAGCACGCGAAGCUGAACAAAUGGGAACUACUUGCCGCGAUGCAGGCUCUAUCCAUUUAUAUUAUCAUAAGACUUGAAGAGGGUGAGACAGAGCACAAUAAUGUCGAUUUUUUGUUGCUCUCGACAGUGACGGUCAUUGCCCGACAGGUCGGCGAAAGCAGCUUUACCACCAACACCGAAGCAGAGCGUAGGAGCGACCACACUUGUGUGUCGUGGAACGACUGGCUCUUUGAAGAAUCCAGGCGAAGGCUAUGCGUGAUCUACCAGGUCGUGAGCAUGCUGGUGUACUUCGACCCAGCCGCUAUGUGCGAACAUCCCACAGAUCUCGUUCUAUCCCCCCUUCCGGCAAGAAGACAGCUGUGGGAAGCGGGCGACGAGCUUGCCUGGAAGACUGAGGUUGAAAGGGGACCUGCGUUUAGGAAGGAGUAUGGCAUGGCGGCCAAUGGCGAGCUUGUGCAGCUCAGUGUGGACGAGGUCUAUUGCCAAGAUACAGUGGCUCUGCAGAGGCCAGCUAGUGCCAGGGAAGCUGCGACCUGGGAGGAUUGGUGUUCCGGUAUGGAUGGGCUGGGUGGGCUGGUCAUGCUUGCUGCUUCACUGGUGGGAUAG